AUGUCAUUGAACGGAAAAACAUCUCAAGUAGCCGUGGUUUGUCAUGGUGGUAAUGAUCUUCGAAAUGAGGAUCGAGAAAUUCCUCAACCUAAAGACGGAGAAGUUCAAAUCCAAGUUGCCGUUACUGGAUUAUGUGGAUCUGAUUUACACUACUACUUACACGGAGCCAAUGGUAUAUUCAAGAUCCGUGAACCAUUAGUAUUGGGACACGAAGCCGGUGGAAUUAUCUCCGGUAUCGGACCAAACGUGAAUGAAGAUUUCGGUUUAAAAGUUGGCGAUAAAGUAGCGAUGGAAGUUGGAGUCUCAUGUAAAUCAUGUAAAUCAUGUAGGAAAGGAAGAUACAAUUUAUGUAAAAAUAUGAGAUUCGCAAGUUCAGCUAAAACUUUCCCUCAUCUCGAUGGUACCCUGAGGGAAGUAAUGACCUGGCCUGCUGAAUUGGUUUACAAACUUCCACCAUCACUCGAUCUGGCACUUGCAGCACUUGCCGAACCACUUUCCGUUGUUCUCCACGCUUGGCGACGAGCAGCCCUCCAACCCGGAGCCAAGGUACUUAUCAUCGGAGCUGGAGCAGUCGGUUUAUUAGCAUGCGCAUUGGCAAGAGCAUCAGGUGCCACCUCUGUCGUCGCAGUAGAUAUCGAACAAGGUAAACUUGAUUUCGCCGCUAAACAAGAAUGGGCAACUGGUACUUUCUGUUUACCUAAAGGACCAAGAGUAUCAGGAUUGGAAGCUUUGGAAGUUGCUGAGAAUUCAUGGAAAGCACUCAAAGAAAGUCAAGCUAUUCAAUCAGUUGAAGGAUUAGAAGAUGGUUUCGAUGCUGUAUUCGAAUGUACAGGUGUAGAAAGCUGCAUGCAAAUGGCUCCUAUGGCCGCAGCGAUCGGUACCAAGGUCCUUUUCGUAGGAAUGGGUACUAAAGUACUUUCACUACCUUGUGGACCAUCACUUCUUUCCGAAGUAGAUUUGAUUGGUGUAUUUAGAUACGCCAAUACUUAUCCUGACGCUUUGGGUUUAUUGGCUUCCGGUAAAUUGGGUAACGUAGGUGCUAUGGCAAGUCAUUAUUAUCCAUUGGAAAAUGCUCAAGAAGCUUUCGAAGAUCUCAAGAGAGGUAAAGAUAAAAAUGGUAAAACAGUUAUUAAACCAAUGGUUGGAACUUUGUCUUUAGUCGGAAAAUAA